AGCAGCUCACCUGUGUGUCAGUCUGUGAAAAGGAGCGUCUUCUUCUUCAUCUCUGGACAAAGUAGGUGAGAUGGAGACGUCAGCAGAAGACCAGAUGGAUCCACAACCUUCAGCAGAAAGUAGAGUUUCCAAGAUCCGUCCUGAGUUUGUGAAGAGGGUUUCAUUAGAAAUCCUUCAACAGCUCAUAGAUCACUUGGAAGGAGAUAAAGUUUUAAAUGCUAGUGAGAGAAAGGACAUACUUGAGAGGAACCCAACCACAGAAGAAAAGGCCCGCGCCCUCAUCGACGCUGUGACAAAUAAAGGGAAUAAAGCCUGCCAGAAGAUGAUAGAACAUCUCCAAACCUGUGACAUUUAUCUUUCCUGUGAGCUGGGUUUGUCCUCUGAUCCAUCUGCUCAGAAAGGUCACGGGGACGCUGGAGCUUAUCCAAGUAUUUUAACAGGAGCUCUUCAGAAGUGUCAGUCUGAACUCAAAUCUGCUCUGAAGAAGAGAUUUGAGUGUUUCUAUGAAGGGAUUGCUAAAGCAGGAAACCCAACCCUCCUGAACCAGAUCUACACAGAGCUCUACAUCACAGAGGGAGGGACUGCAGAGGUCAAUGAUGAACAUGAGGUCAGACAGAUUGAAGCAGCAUCCAGGAAACCAGACAGACCAGAAACAACCAUCAGACAAGAAGACAUCUUUAAACUCCCACCUGGAAGAGAUGCACCAAUCAGAACAGUGAUGACAAAGGGAGUGGCUGGCAUUGGGAAAACUGUCUUAACACAGAAGUUCACUCUGGACUGGGCUGAAGACAAAGCCCACCAGGACAUCCAGUUCUUGUUUCCACUGACCUUCAGAGAGCUGAAUCUGCUGAAAGAGGAAACGUUCAGCUUGGUGGAACUUGUUCAUCACUUCUUUACUGAAACCAAAGAAGCAGGAAUCUGCAGCUUUAAAGAGUUCCAGGUUGUCUUCAUCUUGGACGGUCUGGAUGAGAGUCGACCUCCUCUGGACUUUAAAAAAACUAAAAUCCUAACUGACCCUAAGAAGUCCACCUCAGUGGAUGUGCUGCUGACUAACCUCAUCAGGGGGAAACUGCUUCCCUCUGCUCGCCUCUGGAUAACCACACGACCUGCGGCAGCCAAUCAGAUCCCUCCUGACUGUGUUGGCAUGGUGACAGAGGUCAGAGGGUUCACUGACCCACAGAAGGAGGAGUACUUCAGGAAGAGGUUCAGAGAUGAAGAGCAGGCCAGCAGGAUCAUCUCCCACAUGAAGACAUCACGAAGCCUCCACAUCAUGUGCCACAUCCCAGUCUUCUGCUGGAUCACUGCUACAGUUCUGGAGGAUGUGCUGGAACCCAGAGAGGGAGGAGAGCUGCCCAAGACCCUGACUGAGAUGUACAUUGAAUUCCUGGUGGUCCAGACCAAAGUCAAGAAGGUCAAGUAUGAUGGAGGAGCUGAGACAGAUCCUCACUGGAGUCCAGAGAGCAGGAAGAUGAUUGAGUCUCUGGGAAAACUGGCUUUUGAUCAGCUGCAGAAAGGAAACCUGAUCUUCUAUGAAUCAGACCUGACAGAGUGUGGCAUCGAUAUCACAGCAGCCUCAGUUUACUCAGGAGUGUUCACACAGAUCUUUAAAGAGGAGAGAGGACUGUACCAGGAGAAGGUGUUCAGCUUCGUCCAUCUGAGUGUUCAGGAGUUUCUGGCUGCUCUUCAUGUCCGUCUGACCUUCAUCAAGUCUGGAGUCAACCUGAUGGAAGAUGAACAAACAGUUUCUGUUUGUUCAAAUGAACCAGAUCUACGUCUCCAUCAGAGAGCUGUGGACGAGGCCUUACAGAGUCCAAAUGGACACCUGGACUUAUUCCUUCAGGGUCUUUCACUGCAGACCAAUCAGAGUCUCCUACGAGGCCUGAUGACACAGACAGGAAGUAGCUCACAGACCAAUCAGGAAACAGUCCAGUACAUCAAGAAGAAGAUCAGUGAGGAUGUGUCUGCAGAGAGAAGCAUCAAUCUGUUCCACUGUCUGAAUGAACUGAAUGAUCGUUCUCUAGAGGAGGAGAUCCAUCAGUUCCUGAGAUCAGGACGUCUCUCCACAGAUUAUCUGUCUCCUGAUCAGUGGUCAGCUCUGGUCUUCAUCUUACUGUCAUCAGAAGUAGAUCUGGAGGUGUUUGACCUGGAGAAAUUCUCUCCUUCAGAGAAGGUUCUUCUGAGGCUGCUGCCAGUGGUCAAAGCCUCCAGCAAAGCUCUACUGAGCUGCUGUUCCCUCUCAGAUAAAGGAUGUUCAGCUCUGUCCUCAGUUCUCAGCUCUCCGUCCUCCAGACUGAAGGAACUGGACCUGAGCAUCAAGGACUCAGGACUGAAGAAGCUUUGUGAUCAACUGCAGAGUCCAGGCUGCAGACUGGAAACUCUCAGGCUGACUGUCUCCAACCUCUCAGAGAGAAGCUGUGAACUUCUGUCCUCGGCUCUCAGCUCCCGGUCCUUCCGUCUGGAAGAGCUGCAGCUGAGAAACUGCAGCCUGGAGAGAACAGGAGUGAAGCUGCUGUGUGCUCUACAGAGUCCAUCAUGUGACCUGCAAACUCUCAGGCUGAGUGCGUGUGGUCUCUCAGAGACAAGCUGUGGACAUCUGUCCUCCGUCCUCAGCUCCCAGUCCUCCAGUCUGACAGAACUGGACCUGAGCAACAACGACCUGCAGGACUCAGGACUGAAGAAGCUUUGUGGUGGACUGAAGAGUCCAGACUGCAAACUGGAAGUUCUCAGCCUGUCAGGAUGUCUGAUCACAGAGGAAGGCUGUGCUUCUCUGGCCUCAGCUCUGACCUCCAACCCCUCCCAUCUGAGAGAGCUGGACCUGAGAUACAACCAUCCAGGAGACUCAGGAGUGAAGCUGCUGAUGGCUGCACUGAAGCAUCCACACAGACUCAGGGUGGAGCCUGCUGGAGAACCAUGGUUGAGACCAGGAGGUGUGAGGAAGUAUUCCUGUCCACUCACCAUCCACAUGGACACAGUGAACAGAAAACUCAAACUGUCUGACAACAACAGGAAGGUGACAUCUGUGAAGGAGCUUCAGUCAUAUCCUCGACAUCAAGAUAGAUUUAACUGUCCUCAGCUGCUGUGUGAAAAUGUUCUGACUGGUCGCUGCUACUGGGAGGUCGAGUGGAGAGGAGACGUUUUAAUAUCAGUGAGUUACAGAGAAAUCAGAAGGAGAGGAGACAGCAGAGACUGUUGGUUUGGAAGGAAUGAUCAGUCCUGGAGUCUGAGAUGCUCUGAUGAUAAAGGUUACUCUGUCUGGCACAAUAACAGAGAAACACCCAUCUCCUCCUCCUCCUCCUCCUCCUCCUCCUCCUCCUCCUCCUCCUCCUCCUCUGUCUCUAACAGAGUAGCAGUGUAUGUGGACUGUCCUGCUGGCUCUCUGUCCUUCUACAGAGUCUCCUCUGACUCACUGAUCCACCUCCACACCUUCAUCACCACAUUCACUCAUCCUCUCUAUGCUGGAUUUGGGUUCUGGUACUCUGAUUCCAGGCCUGGUACCUGGGUGUGUGUGUGUUGAGUGUAAAGAGUGUGAUGGUAGCAGAGAAACUCUGACUGGUGAACAGAUACUUCAGUCUGUACAUGUCUGUCUCUUUCACUCAGAAACAUCUUUUCAGAUUCAUGG